AAAAUUUCUACUUAUAGUGAAAUGAUGUUGCUCAUAAUAGUUUUGAUACUUUUCCCAAUGAGAGUGGCGAAAGCUCCCAUUUUGAAGGUAUUUGUGAUUCUAGAGAAGCGUACUGUAGACUGUCUAGCAAGUGACCAGAAGGACGACUGCAUACUGAUCGCUCCAAACGCCAAUCCACCUCGAGAUCCAAAAAAAUAUAAAUGUCGACGAGAGCCUAUGCCUCAGAAGUCGUGGAACGAACUUGCUCGCAACUCCACCACUCGUCUAGCAUGUCCUAUUGGCUGUGAACCCGAUUUCGACCUCUCGGUGAUCACAAAGGUGCCAUAUGAUAACGACAAGUGCCAGAAAUACUACACAUACGGAAAAUACCGUGACCAUACUGAAAAUGAGUGGUACCUGUGGAUGACCGAGCCUUGCGUAGCCGCUCUGACAACUCAUUGUCGAUUCAAGGAUGUACCACUGAAUGCCAAAAGCGAAUCGAGGAAACUUCGGCAAAGGGCAUUGUUUGGCCGUGUUUAA